AUGAAGAGGAAGAAGAAUCGUAAUCAUCCUCCCUCCAUUGAUCCCUCCUCCAAUGCAGUUGAUCUCACCUCCAAUCCAGUUGAUCCCUCAUUCAAUGAAGCAAGUUCAUCGCCAUUUGUGAAUAACAGUAGGGAAAAAAUGAAGAGGAAGAAGAACUGUAAUCAUCCUCCCUCCAUUGAUCCCUCCUCCAAUGCAGUUGAUCCCACCUCCAAUCUAGUUGAUGCCUCCUUCAAUGCAACAAGUUCAUCCAACCCUAUACCCAAUCCAACAAGUUCAUCCAACCCCAUAUCCAAUGCAGACAUAUCUUUCUUCAACAAAAAUUGCAAAUAUUGGAUAGGCGGCGAAGUCUCCCAUCCCAAUUUUGAUUUCAAAGAUUAUGGAGGAUUUGUGGACUUGUGA